ACAUUCAUAUGAGGAGUGCUUAUGAACCGCGAAAAUGUUAGUGUGUUCUUUCUAUGUGUGAAUGAAAUUGGUAAAUGGGACAAACAUUUUUUUUUUCUCUUGUCCAACCAAUAAAGCCAAAAGUCAAAAAGUCGAUAAAGUGCUUAAUAAAUAUUCAAGUGUUUGAACUAAAUUAUUGUAUGGUCCGGUUUUUCUCAAAGUACAUUGCAUAAAAUUGUGUUAGCUGUUAGAUUGCUUUAGUGGCUUUGUGGCUUUGCAUACACAAUAGCGUAACCAUUACGUCAUUCUUCUAACGAACAACACACAACAAUAUACAUAUGACGAAAAGUAAAUAAAAGGUGCACAGCACGUAUAUACUAGCACUUUGUGUGUCUUAGUGUGUGAAGUAUUCGAGAAAACGCGCAAUAGUUUCAAGAGGCAAAACGCGAAUGCACUACCGAAAAUAAUUUCGUCUUCAUCGUUUGAACAAAUGAAUUUGAUUCAGUUUUUCCGCUCCGUGCUUCCAAGUGAUAAAUUAAUCGAAGUGCAUUUCGGGUAAAUACCGCAAAUAGUAAACAAGAUGAGUCAACCGAAUAAUCCUAUCGCCUACAAUGCAUGCAAUGAGUGGUCAAAAUUCAAAGAGAACGAUACGAAUUUAGCGGAAAAAUUAGAACAAUUGAAUAAAGUACGAGAGAGUAUUUUCAGUCAAAGUGGAUGGAGCAGCAAAAAUGUGAAUCAAUCGUCAAAGUGGCUCGUCGAUCUAGAAAAUGAUCACAACAUCCAAAAAUAUAAUCCUGAGAUUGGAACUAAUGCCUGGCGUGCCAAACAAGAGACUGAAAAUCCAUGCUCAAUUGUGCCAGAUUCAGCCGUAUUCAAUUUAGAAAAUGUGAAUCGUCCUGCGGAAUGCCAAUUUCCUGCGUCCUCUAGUCAUAUAAAUCAAUUUGAUGCCAAUGUUUUCCGUGAAUAUGAGCAUGAUACGCAAUCCAUUGAUAAAAGUGAUGAGGACCCAAACUUGACUCUCCAUUUACGGCUGCAAACCUUGAAUAUCAACGUUGAUGAAAGUAGGGUUCACCCUCGGAAUAGUACAAAUAAUUUUUGCCAAAUUGCAAACAAACAACCUCAAAUAGACUUAAUGUUAAAUUAAUAUUCAAAGUGUUCAUCAAAAACAAGAUUGUUCCUAACGUUUAGAAUCAAUAAAAAAAAAUCACACAUCUGAAAUGUAGUUUUUGUUCGACAGAUGGCAGCACAUAGAAGAGACCGCUUAUCGGAAGGGAUUAAAAAAGAACUUUGAGAACUGUCAUCGCGACAAGCUAGCUGCAUCAAAGUCAUUGUUGAUUUAUUUACAAUUUGAUCAAUUGUUUUUCAUUUAUUGAGUGAAUUUUCACACAAAAUUAUCAAAACAAUUUGUGUUAACGAAAUAUAUCAAACGUGUUCGUUGGUUUUCAGUGAAUUGCAACACUUCUUCUACAGAAGAGUAUCGCUCAAAUGAAUGCGAUUAGCCUUUAUGUUUCGGCGUCUCGUUUGCUGUUCAAUCAGUCCGAUACGGAGAGUCCAAACUAUUCGGAUCUGUAUCGAUUGAUUCCAUAUUUACGCCAAUCUCUAACGUGUACAGUGUGUGGAAAUCUACUAGUUGAGCCAUAUACAGCGGAGAAUUCAAUUUGUCAACAUCAUGUAUGUCGCACAUGCAUUGGAGGGAGGAAAAAUUUAAAACCCACAUGUUCGUCCUGCAAAAAUUAUCAUAACUACCAUGCAAAUACUCAGCUACGCAUUUUGCUUCAAUGCUACAAGAGUUUAUGUAAUUAUAUACUUGCCACUCCUAGUGUUUAUGGAUCCAUGCACAAAUAUGUUCAUGUUGAUGCAUUUUCGAAUGGAAAUAAUGACGCUCACAAUUUAUCACAACUUAUUGAUGAGGGUGCACAGUUCCACGAUGAAUACAAAAGUAAUUCGGGUUUACCGAAAUCAAAAAUUUCCAUAUUGCCAUGCAUAUUCACAACCACAUCGUCGGUGUCAACUAGUCUUGCUAAUCAAAGCAGUACCGCAACUGUUAUGACCAAUAAUAAAACGACGUUCAAUUCAACAACAACGGUAGAGGCUCCAUUAAUCCAUGCGCCAUCAAAUCAACUGAACUGUACAACUUCGCUAUCAUCGUCAUCCAAGGCAAAAGAUUCCGGAUUGCCUGUAAUGACAACGGCAAACCUCACUAAAUCCACACCAAUCAGAACUGUAUCGAAUGGUACUGCACUUUAUUCGGUUCUCUAUACCGGAACAGGGAAUAAGAUUACAAUCAAACGAAAAACUGAUGACAACCACAUAUUCACCACCGCCAAUACGAUGAGCACAAAAGAUGUGUUGAAUAUAUUGAGCCGAAAUCCCGCAAAAAUCACACAGCAUCCACAAAUUCAACAUAUUCAUACACAAAAACCAAUUAAGCCAAUAGUACCUCAUCCACAAUUAAUUCAAACUCAACAACAACUACAAUCACAGUUGCAGCCACAAGUGUCGGGUCUUGUUACUACUCAGUCAUCCAAUUUUAAGAAACCAGCAAUUAAAACACUCCAGAAGCGUAAAGGAUGCCGUUGUGGUAACGCCACUCCAACACCCGGGAAACUAACAUGCUGCGGUCAACGAUGUCCGUGUUAUGUUGAAUCAAAAAGUUGCAUCGACUGCAAAUGUCGUGGUUGCAGAAAUCCGCACCGUAUCGAUGGCCUCAAAGUUAGGCCACAAAUUCCGCUUCCCCAAUUGACAACCUGCUUAGUACAAAUGAACAAUCAAACUUUCGAGAAAAAUUAUGUCGAUAUGCCGAUAGAAUCAUUUAAUAACAGCAACUUAGAACCAAAAAUAAAGCAAGAAAUAAUGUCGGUUCCGAAUAUGAUCGCAGGAAGUAGUCGGCAAAUGUUGUCGUCGACAAUGAACUCACAGCUAGAACUCUCCAGAGCAAACGAUGCUAUCGAGUACAUCUCAAACGACCUAGAUGAUGACAACAUUCAGGUGGUAAAUGUGUAUACCACGACACACAUGCCCGAGAUCAGUACAACUUUGCCAACAAUUAUUAUGCAGGAUGAAGCGUCUAUUCUCAAUAAUUCAGCGCCGACAGCAGAUUUGGCCUUACACUCGUUGCCUUCGGAUUCAUACUCUCUCAUUGGCGAGGAUUUAAUAAAGCAUUCAUUUUCGGAUGACAGUUCGUCAGGCGAUCAGAGUGAUGUUGAAAUUGAUUUAUAGACAAGAUGCAGUAUGCAGUUUGACUUCAACAUUCUUUUUUAAAACAAUUGUUUUUAAUGGAACAACAUACAUGUAUUAUGAUACAUACAUGACCAACUUAAAGAAAAGAAAAGAAAAUUGUUAGCUUUCUAAGUUUGAAUAAAAAAAAGUUCGAUUUACAUUUAAA